GCUACAAGGUAACGGAGCCUUUUACACAUUGUUGUGUUUCUUUAGAGAUAACCAACGGACAAACAGAGUCUUUAAACGCAUCAGAUGUAAAGUUAUUCGCUGUCGAAGUGGCGCUAAAAUGAAUGGGAGUCAAUGGGACGCUAACGGCGGGUGAUGGCUUGGUAGCAUUAAAAUGGCGCCAUGGCAGCUCCGCUUAGAGAGGAGAGGCGGAUCCCCUUGGUAGAGACAGUGGAGUCGCUUCGAUGUGGUGAGAGCAGGACUGGUCCACCAGAGCCCCGGAUAAACCUGUCUGAUGGACUUUGUGCUGCUCACCUUCUUUCUGAAUGUUUUACCUCUGACUCAUCUCCCGGAAGCUACAAAGCUAACGACGCUAGCUUAGCAUGCUAGCUGCUUAGCAACAGUUUGAAGGAGGGCAAACAGCGUUUUUAACGGAGUUUGUUCUUGAGGAAAAAGUUUCUGUCGUCGUGUGAAAAUGUCUAAAGUCCAAAUGCUGAGAGGGCUGGUGGAGCAGCGACUAACUGCGGCUGCUGAAGAGAUAUUUGGGCUGUUUGAAAGAACGAUAGCAGAGUACGAGGAGGAACUGUGUCGUUCAAAAGAGGAGCACGAGCGCCAACGGAAACGACUGGACGCUGUUUUCAGCCCUCAGCUCCGGCUGCACAGAGCAGAGCUCCCACAGCAACAUGUCUGUAAGGAGGUUGAGGUCAACAUGCCAGUUAUAACCUCUGUGGAAUCAGAAGCUAACAGGGACCCCCAGCUCCAUGGAGCUGAGAGCCAAGACCAGAAAGGAGGCCAGCAUGGAGACUCAGGAUCAGCUAGAAAUGCAGAGCCAGAACCAAAGAAGAGACGACGCAAGAGCAGAAGUCCCAGUAACAACGUAGACAACACUAACAUGUCAGAGGUUCACCCUGAUACUCAAACAGAGCUCCCACAGCAACAUGUCUGUAAGGAGGUUGAGGUCAACAUGCCAGUUAUAACCUCUGUGGAAUCAGAAGCAAACCGUGACCCCCAGCUCCAUGGAGCUGAGAGCCAAGACCAGAAAGGAGGCCAGCAUGGAGACUCAGGAUCAGCUAGAAAUGCAGAGCCAGAACCAAAGAAGAGACGACGCAAGAGCAGAAGUCCCAGUAACAACGUAGACAACACUAACAUGUCAGAGGUUCACCCUGAUACUCAAACAGAGCUCCCACAGCAACAUGUCUGUAAGGAGGAGGAGGUUCUCUCUGACCAGCAGCUCUGUAUCCAGGUGAGGAACUCCAGUCUGGACCGAGAGGACCCAGAGCCUCCACAGAUUGAAGAGGAACUGUGCACCAGUCAGGAGGCCAAGGAGGAUGACUUUCGUCACAGUAACAACGUAAACAACACUAACGUGCCAGAGAUUCACCGUAAUACUCAAACAGACGUCCAGCAGCUGUCGGUGGUUAAAGCAGAGGUUCCCCCUGAGCAGCAGGAGUGGAGCUCCAGUCUGGACCAGGAGCACCCAGACCCCCCACACAUUAAAGAGGAGCAGGAGGAACUUUGGACCAGUCAGGAGAGAGAGCAGCUUCAAGGGCUGGAGGAGGCUGAUAUCAAGUUCCCGUUCACUUCUGUCCCUGUGAAGAGUGAAGAAGAUGAUGAAGAGAAAGCUCAGUCCUCACAGCUUCAUGAAAGCCAAACUGAAGAUAACAGAGGGGCAGAGAGAACAGGAGCUGAUGGAGAGGACUGGGGAGGACCAGAACCAGCUACUUAUUACAAGACAUUAGACUCCUCUGAAUCUGAGACUGAUUACAGUGGAGACUGGGAGGAGUCAGGUUUAAACCCUCUGCCAAACAAUGAAGAACCUGUAAGUGAUGUGGGAUGUAACACUGGAAACACAUCAGUUAGCUCCUCUGAAUGUGCAGGAAGCUUUGACCACGAGGAAUAUCUGCAGAAACACCACUCUGGAGACCAAACUGAAAACUGGGAUCUGAACCGGGAGUGUUAUGAUCCAGCAGAAAUAAGUGAAGCCACGCAGAUGUUUGCAAAACUCUUUGAAAUCAAGGCUGAAGACGUCUCGGGGACUCUUUACUUGGAGGUGUGUGUACGUACGAGCGACGCUGUCGUGAACGUGUCGAACAUAAGUCGUAAACAUGACGUGACAUAA